CCCGGCAUCCGGUCCAAUAACUUCUGGCUGGGCUAGAGCGUAGCCCGGAGAAAGAGAGGGACAGACAGAUCCCCACCAGGGAGCAGCCGCCCGGGUUCCCAGCGUGAACCCCCAGCCCAGCUCUGCAUAUGUGGUAUGAGCCAUGCAAAUCCUGCCGGCACUGGGAACUUUCACUCACUCCCUUGUUCAAAGGAGCCCCGGGAGAAGCCCCUCUUUCCAGACAGCAGCAUUGCCGGCUCCAGGAGGUCGCUCUGGUUUUACGAGACAGUUUGUGCUUCUGGGCCCUCGGACCUGAUUCCCCACCCGGCUCACAUGGUGUCAAAAACGAGACACUGAGGUAGGAAGCCAGAGGCUGGAUGCUUCCUGCCAGGGGCAUGAAUGAGACAGAAAGGCCUGGGGUCUGGGCUCAUCCCCUGCUGGGAUAAGGACACCCCCGGGGAGCAGCCAUGGCUGCAGGGCCGGGGGCAGAGGGGGCCCUGGACCUGCAGUUUCAGAUCCAGGUGGAGCAGUCGGUGUGCCGCGCUGGGCUGACGGAGCAGCAGGUCUCAGCUGGGCCUGAGCCAGAUGCGGGAUUGGAGCGGUCGGGCGGGCUGCCUAUUGUGGUGCAGUCCGGCACCAUUGGGGAGCUGCUGAGAUGGGUGGCGCCACAGCAGGCCCAGUAUGCGUCGCAGAAGGAGAUGCUGCAGCACUGGGAGGACGUCUGGCAGGAGGUGCUGCAGGCCCUGUGCAUCCUCCCGGAGGUGGGGCCGGCUCCGGUCUGCGCCCUCAGGCCUGGAGAACCAGAGCCUCCUCCCAGAGUUGUGCCAGCACCGACUUGUGCACGUAGGUGUGAAAACCCCACCUCCCAGGGGGGCAGUGAGUCACCCAGGGGUCUGGAGCAGGCUGGGAUCGAGCUGCCGGAGGAGACGGCACCGUGUCGAGAGGAGCAGCUGUCAGCCACGCAGACCCCUGCCGAGGUUAAGCCAACUCCAGCACCUGCAUGGAGAACCCUGGAGCUGCCACAGCUGGCCCCAGAGGACGAUAUCGAGGUCUAUCUGGCCACCUUUGAGCAGGUGGCUGACGCCUGCCAGUGGCCGAGAGGGGAAUGGACAACCCGACUGGAGCUGUACCUCACCGGGAAAGCCCAGCUGGCCUAUGGCAGCCUAGACAUCACAGAGACAAGUGACUAUGGGAAGGUGAAGGCCACUAUCCUGCGUCGCUAUGGCAUCAGCCCAGAGACACAGCGCAGGCGCUUCAGGGAAUUCUGCUACCAGGAGGCCGAGGGGCCCCGGGAAGCUUACAGCCGCCUCCGGGAGCUUUGCCAUCGCUGGCUGGAGCCACAGAACCGCACCAAGGAGCAGAUCCUGGAGCUGCUGAUCCUGGAGCAGUUCCUGACCAUCCUGCCGGAGGAAAUGCAGAGCUGGGUCUGGGAAUGUGGUCCUGAUACCGGCGCCCAAGCGGUGGCCCUGGCAGAGGGGUUCCAGGUGGGGCAGCCAGAGGCCCAGUGGCUGGGGCUACAGGUGCCAGUGCAGUUUGAGGACGUGGCUGUGACUCUGAGUGGGGCAGAGUGGUUGUUGUUGGAUGAGGAGAAGAAGCAGCUCUACAGGGACGUCAUGUACGAGAAUUACCAGAGCAUCAGCUCAUUGGGUUUUCCGGUUCGCAAACCCACCCUGAUCUCUCAGCUGGAACGAGGGGAGGAGCCGUGCAUCACAGAUCCCCCAGCCCCUGAGGAGCAGGAGACCCAGAGGGACGUCCCAACAGACACUGAGGAGCUGUCUGUGCUGCACCACGGGGAGGCGGAGGCACCUGUCAAAGCACCUCCAAUGCCCAAGGCCUCACCAAGUCGACCCAAGAGGAAAGCGGCCCAGAGCCCAGGCCGGAAGAGAAAGAAACCCUCUCUGGAUGGAGAAGAGCCAGCAGCCCCCUCUGAGGGUGGGAAACAGCAGCUCCCCACCUGUCCCAUGUACAUGCAACAGCCGCUUCCUUCUGUGCGCAUGCAAAAGCCUUUCCUUCCUGUACGCAGGAAACAGCCACGGCCUGUUGUGCACAGGGAACAUCCUGUCCCUUCUGUGUGCCGGGAACAGCUGCCCCCUCCCCUGCGCAGGGAACAGCCGCCCUCCACUCCUGGCAGGGAACAGCCGUCCCCCACUCCUGGCAGGGAACAGCCGCCGCCUCCCCUGCGCAGGGAACAGCCACCCUCCACUCCUGGCAGGAAACAGCUGCCCCCUCCCCUGCUCAGAGAACAGCCGCCCCCUCCCCUGCGCAGAGAACAGCCUGUCUCCCCCCUGCACAGGGAACAGCCGCCCCCUCCCCUGAGCAGAGAACAGCCUGUCUCUCUCAUGCGCAGGGAACAGCCGCCGCCUCCCCAGAGCAGAGACGAGCCUGUCUCUCCCAUGCGCAGGGAACAGCCGCCCCCUACCGAGCUGCCCCACCUGCCAUCCCUGUCUAAGUCCUGCAGCAAGGAGCCAGCGGAACAAGAUUCCCCUCCCAGCAGGAGCCCGCCCCCCUCUGAGAAGUCCUACCAGUGCCCCUUGUGUAGUCAGAACUUCAGACAGAGCUCGGACCUGCAGCGGCACCGGCGCAUCCACACGGGAGAGAAGCCUUUCCACUGCCCGGUGUGCGAGAAGAGCUUCCGGCUGCAGUCCAACCUGAUCGUGCACCAGCGCACCCACACCGGGGAACGGCCCUACCAGUGCGGGGAGUGCGGCCGCGCCUUCUCGCAGAGCUCCAACCUCCUGACCCACAGCAAGAUCCACUUGGGCCAGAAGCCCUACGCCUGCUUCGAGUGCGGCAAGAGCUUCCACCACAGCUCCAACCUCAUCAUCCACCAGCGCACCCACACUGGUGAGCGGCCCUACGAGUGCAGCGUCUGCGCCAAGCGCUUCAGCGACCGCUCCACCCUGGUGCAGCACCGGCGCCUCCACACGGGUGAGCGCCCCUACGCCUGCUCCGAGUGCGGCAAGUGCUUCAGCCAGGCCUCACACCUGGUCAAACACCGACGCACCCAUGCGGGCCCCUGCACCAAGAAUAGCGCUGCCCCCAGAAAAGCACCAGUCACAGCGGUGGAGAGAAACAGCCCCAACAAUGGGGCAGCCAUUGGGGAGAAGAGAGCUACCCCUGCUCAUGGGCUGAGUGAGAGGACUGCCACGCCCCAAAAUGGAGCAGCUAUAGGGGAGGAAAGAGCAGCCCUGAAAGAUACACCCACUGUGGGGAAGGAUAGAGCCACCCAGGAAGUGGGUUCAGAGGGGGAGAAGGACAAAGCGGCUCAGAAAGUUGCUUUGGCCACAAAGGAGAUAGCCGCCCCCAAACACAUGCUGGCCAGGGGGAUGGAGAGGGCGGCAACAAAGGACCCGCUGGCCGCAAGGAAGGAAAGGGUGACCCUCACACCUGGGCUGGGUGAGUUGAGAGCUGCCCCCAUAAACAGGCAGGGCACAGGGGAGGACAGAGCCACUCCAAAAGACGUGCCAGCCAUGGGGCGAAAGAGAGCACUGACUCCAGGUGCACCAGCCGUGCAUGAGGAGAGAGAUGCCCUGAAAGAUGCACUGAGGGCAGGGAAGGACAAACCAGCAACAAACCACCCAUCAGCUGUGGAGAAGGGGAGAACUGCCCCCAAACUUGCGCUGACCAUGAGGCAGGGAAGAGCCGGCCCCAAACACACACUGGCCAUGGAGAAGGGGGGAGUCAGCCCCAAACACACACUGGCCAUGGGGAAAGGGAGAGCCGGCCCUGAACACGCAUUGGCCACAGGGAAGGAGAAAGUCAGCCGCAAACACGCACUGGCCCCGGGGAAAGGGAGAGCCGGCCCUGAACAUGCAGUGGCCAAGGGGAAAGGGAGAGCCGGCCCUGAACACGCACUGGCCACGGGGAAAGGGAGAGCCGGCCCUGAACAUGCACUGGCUAUGCGGCAAGGGAAAGCCGGCCCCAAAUAUGCACUUGCCAAAGGGAAGGGGCGAGCUGGCCCCAAACACGCACUUGCCACGGGGAAGGGGAGAGCUGGCCCCAAACACGCACUUGCCACGGGGAAGGGGCGAGCCGGCCCCAAACAUGCACUGGCCACGGGGCAGAGGAAAGCUGGCCCCAAACAUGCACUGCCCACGGGGAAAAAGGGAAAUGCCCCCAAAAACACAUUGGCCACGGGGAAAAAGGGAAAUGCCCCCAAAAACACAUUGGCCACGGGGAAGGGGAGAGCCAGCCCCAAACACGCACUGGCCACGGGGCAGGGGAAAGCCGGCCCCAAACACGCACUGGCCACGGGGCAGGGGAGAGCCGGCCCCAAUUACAUACCAGGCACACGGGAGCACAGACGGCAGGGGAACCCUCUCAUGUCACUGCGUGAUAGGGGCAGGGAUGGCUCACAGAGGGAACAGACUCUGAGGAGCUCCGUCACUGCACGGUAGGGUCCGGGCUGGCUUCUUUGGACAUGCAUUCAGCUGGCUUUUCACUGACUGGGUGUGAAACCCCAUCAAUGUGCAGGAGGGCAGUAAUGCCAAUGCCAUAGGCUCACACUUAGGCAGCAGCGGAGAAGCCGGCCUGGCGUGGGAUGCACUAACAGCUCGGAGAGGACGGGCAGCACGAAGGCACUUCUGGCACCGCAGAGCGUGUCCCCCCCCCCCGGGACCGGAGCUGACAGAGCAAGUGGCUGGCACGUAAAAUGCAAACACAGACAUCUCUCGCUUGGGGCAGGGGGAGGAGGAGGCUGAAAUCUUGGCAGGCAACCGGAAGGGAGAGUUGGGUGAAUUUUAAACUCUCAAAUUGGGCCCUGAGCCAAGGGAGUGUAAAAGAAGCCCUAGAAAUCUCCCUUUUUGUGGAAUUAAAAUGAGACGAAUGGUUCCGGUGUGACCAACUCUUGUGAUCUGUGGGCUGUCUCUUAAAGCCCCAGCUCUGCUUUUAUAUAUAAAAAGAAAAUCUGUGUCUAGCCCAAUGACUGGGGAGAAAAAUCAAGGAAACUCCAACCCCAUUGGCUACGAUGCAAAUCACUCCAUGUUAAUUUAUUUUAUUUUAUUAAAUCUCACGAUUUU